AUGGAAGUCGACGACGUCCUACAGGAAUGGACCUGGCGACAGCCCUUCGACCUAAUCCACAUGCGCCAGCUAAUAGGCGCCUUCACGCCCGUUGAAUGGGACUGUCUAUUCGCCCAGUGUUACAAAAACCUAAUCCCAGGCGGCUGGAUCGAACAAGUAGAAGGCGACCCCCGAAUCCACUGCUCGGAUUCCAGCAUGUCCCCAGACUCAAGUAUGGUCCAGUUCACCCAAGCGGUAUUCCGCGCAGGACAGGAAUGGAACCACCCCAUCGACACACUGGACACGAUGCGUGCUGCGAUGGAAAAGGCUGGUUUUGUUGAUAUCCAUGAGAAGUCGUAUAGGUGGCCUGUUGGUCCGUGGGCGCGUGAUCCUACACUUAAAGAAGCGGGGAGGUUGCAUUAUCAUCAGUGGACGGCUGGUAUGGAGGGUUGGGCCAUGUAUCUUCUCACUAAGUUUGGGGUUCCGACGCCGUGGACGAAGGAGGAGGUGUUGAUUUUGUUGGCGAAUGUUAGGAAGGAGUUGCAGGAUCCGCAUAUUCAUAUGUGGCAGUAUGCGAGGAGAGUUUGGGGGAGGAAGCCUACGGCAGAAGAGGAGGAGGGAAAGGUGAAGAGUGAAGAUACUGAUGUUAAGUACCCUGCCAUGUAG